AUGGAAGAAGUACCAAAUUUCUUAAUCAAAUUUGAUGAAUAUCUUCAGCUUAGAAUGGCUCAACAACAAAACGAUUUUUAUAAACAAAAAAUUUCAAAACUUGAAUCAGAUAAAGAAAAACUCUUUCAAGAAGUAGAACGAUUAAAAAUUGUUAUUAACAAACAACAACAACUCUUUUCAAAUAAAAUGGCUGAAUACCUUCAAUUUAAAUCUGAAAUAUCAGCAAAACAUUCGACCCAAAUUAAAGAAAAACAAGAGCUUAUAGAUAAAGAAAGGACAGAAAAACAUCAUUUAUUAAUUGAACUUACUUCUCUUCGUAUCCAAGUUAAACAACAAGAAGAGCUUAUUAAUAAACUUAAAAAAUCUGAAGAUUCUGACAUUAUCAGAAAGAAACCUCGAGAUUCUAACGUUUCAAUCACAUCUCAAAAGAUAGUUGUUCCUGAAAAAAAAAGUUCUGCUUCUCUUCAAAAAGUUCCUGAUAGUACAAAUACAAUAACCCAACAACCUCUACUUGACCUAAUACAAAGUCAUGAAAUUGUUACUACAACUACUCCAUUGUUUCAGGUAAAUGAUAAGAGUGUUAAUGAAAAACGUGAAGUUGAAAAAAGGGUUAGUGUUGAAAAAAACAACUCCUCUCUUGAUAGACAAAUAACUCCACCAUUAUUAAAUGAUAAGACACAAAAAGAAAUUCAUAGGUUGGUUCUCCCAAAAACUGACUUUAUUUUUAUUGUUAAUUAUAAAAAGGUAUGUGAAAUAUUGUCUCUUAUGGUAAAGAAUAAAUGGUAUGAACCACAAACCUCUUAUUUCAAGACUUCAAUUGUUUUUGAUGAGUAUUGUAGAAAAGUGCCAGUUCUCUGUUUUAAAGGAACUGAAGAAGAUUUAUGGAAGAGAAAAAGCGUUAUUAAAAAAUUUGUUGAAACCAUAGAUAAAAUUGAACUUCUUCGUGUUUCUCAAGGAAAUAAAAGGCAUAUUAUCUUUGGUGGAGUUAGGCAAAAAUAUGUCGAAUAUUAUGACUCUUUUUAA